GGUGCCAGGCGGCUCUGUGACUGUGACCCUGCCCCUGCCCCUUGGCACGCACCCUCGUGGGUGGGCGCUGCCUUGGAGCCAGGGACACGCAGGGACACGCAGGGACCCCUUCCCUGUGCCGCUGUGGGUGCCCGAGGCAGGCAGGGGUAGAGACGCGAGUCUGGGUGGGGCGACCCCACCGCUGCUGCUGCCUCUGCCGAACACCUGACUUGGAAAAAAGACCAACUCGAAAGGCGUGCUGUAAGAACUAGAGGGUGUGACACACUCACUGAUGUUCACGGAGGUGCGUGUUGACGUCUCCAGGAGGGACUUGAGGACUGCACCUGGUUCAGAGGUGUUGCGCUGUUUCCCAGUGACUGCGCUCAGCUCUGCAGGGGUCACGGUGGCGAUGAGGACAGUUUGUGUUAAAGAACCUGGGCUCGAGGCUGCUAUCUGCUGCCAUCACCGGACCCGCCCAGCGAGCACAGGGGCCUGCACACCUCCGACUACUCAGGAUCCCACAUCCACGUGCCCUGCUGUCUGGGGCGCUGGAGUGGGGGCCCGGAUGGAAGGACCACAGAGUCCCUCCGAGAGGCCCGGCGGUGGCAGCGGCGACAUAGUCACCGAGACGCGCCUGGUGGGGUCCUGGCCCCGCGCCUCGCCCGUGCCACUGGCCUGCCGCCCGCCCCUCUGCGCCUUCCCCGCUAGAGGCCCCGGCCUCUGCGUGUGGAGCAGCACGGACCCCGCGGGCCAGCUCCUCGUCCUCAGAGGACACCGUGACCCGGUCACCGCCGUGGCCUUUGGGAAUGCAGGGAGCCCGCCGCUGGUCUGCUCGGCGUCGCCAGACUGCGUUGUAACGUGGAGACUGGACGAGUGCAGAGAGCAAGCCCUGCGGGGGGUGGGUCCGCGCGGCGCUGUCCUGGGCACCCUGCUGGGAAAGGUGCCGUGUGUGCGGUUCCGUCCAGACGACCGGGCGGCCGCGGUGUGCGCUGGCAACCAGGUCCUCCUGCUGGACGUCGAGGCCCGGUCCGUGCUGGCCCAGCUGCAGGGGCACCAGGGCCCCGUGACGGCGGCGGAGUUCUGUCCCUGGCAGCCGCACGUCCUGGUCUCCGUGGCGGAGGACAGGUGCUUCAAGGUCUGGGACAGCCGCAUGGGAUCCUUGCUGCACAGCUCGCCGGUGCUCACAGCCGCCCCCCUCCUGAGCCUCUGCAUGGACGAGCAGAGCCAGCAGCUGGUGGCCGGCUGUGCCGAGGGCCAGCUCUGUGUCUGCAGUUUGGUGGAAAGCCACCGUUACCGGUGUGUGACGCGCGUCGACCUGAGGAAGCAGGUGGAGAGCUUCCGUGCCAGGAUGGCUGGGCCCAGGCCGUGCGGCUGGCCAGAGGACAGUGAGCUUCCCUCCGCAGACGCACCGGGGCGAGGGGACGCGGUGGACGCGACGCUUCCUGCGCUGGGCCUGGCGCGCUGCGACCUGGCGCGCCUCCGCGGUCCUGACCGGGGCCUCAGCCUCCCCGCUGCGAGCACCGGCGGCCUGUGGGUCGGCAGCUCCACGGGCUCUUUCCUGCUGAACUUGGCCAACUUUGAACUGGAGGCCGUCUUGCUCUAUGAGGAUUUCAGGCACCUCAGCAUUCAGGUUGCUGGAUCCUGUGCCGUGACGAGCGGCGAUGAAAAGGCCUUCUGCUUGCUCGCCUCCAUGUUUGGGGGUGAGGUCGCGCUGCUGGAGGUCGACCUGGCCGCUCUCGUGAGGUCUCAGCAGCGCCCCCUCCCGGGAACGCCUCUCUCAGUGCUGCCCAGCUCCUGCGUCUCGCCGACCUCCCCUCUGCGCUUCGGGGUCGCUGCGGAGAGAUGGGCCAGGCCGGGCGGCCACAAACGCGCUGCUGCCCGGGGCGCCGUGCGGGACCAGCCCCUGGUGUUCCACAGCUCCAUCCGGUCGUCCGGCUACGCGGCCGCCCCGCACGCCGCCACAUUCUCACGGAAGACCGCCGUCAAGGGCGGCCAGGACAGGUCCUCAGGGCGCAGGAACGUGCACCAGCGCGAGGAGUACCCCUCGGAGAAGUCCGUGCCGACCACCCUCCGCAGGCAGCUCGCCGUCCCCCAGGGCCCGGCCGCCGUGUGCUGCGUCCAGUUCUCAGGAGACGGGCGGCGGCUGGCCUGUGGCCUGGCCAACCACGUGUUGCUGGUCUUCGGUGCCGAUCUCACCGGGGCACCUGCUGUUUUCUCAGGUCACGACGGGGCUGUGAGCACCCUGGACUGGAGCCACGAUGGCCGAUGGCUGCUGUCCGCCUCCCAGGACGGGACGCUGAGGCUGUGGUCGGCACGCAGCAGGGAGGCCGUCCUGUGUCUGGGCAAGGCCGUGUUGGCGCAGCCCGUGCGCGCCGCCCAGUUUUACUACCUCGACGCCUUCCUGCUGCUGUCCGCGGGCCCUGAGCUGCUGCUGCUCAAGUACCACGUGGACACGCGCAAGGACGAGAUGAACAGGUACAAACAGCGGAGCGGAUGCAGCCCGGUCUUCAGGCUCCCCAUGGCGGGCGCCGCGGAGAUCACCUGCCUGUCCGCCGUCAACGAGUUCUACUCCCACCUCGUGCUGGCCGCCGGCCGGAACAGGGCCGUGGAAGUCUUCGACCUCAACGCCGGCCGCAGUGCAGCCGUGGUCGCGGGAGCCCACACACGGCCCGUGCACCAGAUCUGCCAGAACAAGGGAUCGCCCUUUGCCACCCAGCAGCCGCAGGCGUACAACCUCUUCGCCACGGCAGCCGUGGGUGACGGGGUCCGGCUGUGGGACCUGAGGACCCUGAGGUGCGAGCGCCGAUUCGAAGGCCACCCCAGCCGCUGCUACCCGUGUGGCCUGGCCUUCAGCCCGUGUGGGCGGCUCCUGGCCAGCGGGGCCGAGGACCGACACGCGUACGUGUACGAGAUGGGCUCCAGCACCUUCUCCCACCGACUGUCAGGACACACAGACACCGUCACCACGGUGGCCUUCAGCCCGUCUGUCCCCCAGGAGAAGCGAAGAGAACGUGAAUGGGCCGCAAGCCGGCCCUGCAGAUGGUGAGUGGCCUCGCGUCAGAGCGCAGAGGAAGACUCUGUGCAGAGGAUGUAAGGCGUGUUACGCGGCGAGGACCUGGGCGUCUCGGUUCCGCUCUGUCCCCGUGAGUCCGGAGCUGCGGGCCAGAGAAGGCCGUCAUCGGUGUCUGCCCGCUGCCGCGAGUGUGUCAGGUUCCUUGGGGAGACUGGGAUGCCGAUGUGUUAACUGGGGUGGUCGCCGGGCCCUGGCAGGGUCUCUGUGGAGGGGCUGCCUCCAUGUCCGUGUGCUGGGUUGACCGGAGAAGGGGUGCGGAUCUCCGAGUGAGACGAGCAUCUCCCUGGCAGAGAAGAAACCCCUGCUGGGCAGGAUGCGCACCCCCAGAGCUACCAGGGGUGCGGCCCUGUGUGGGUCCUGUCCUGCCGCGCCCCAGUCCUGAGGCUGCUGCUUCCUGGGGAAGGUCCAUGCCGCGCGUGGAGGGGCCCGUCCGAUGGCCGGAGAGUGUGUGUGAUCUGUGUCUAAUGUCUGGGGGAGGGCCCGGCGUGGACGAGACUCGACGACCCCCUCAAAAUGUUAGAUGAACGCCACAUGUCAGGAUCUCACGGUGCUGGUGUCAGGGCCCCAGGCAACGUUCCAGAAACUGGGAGAGGCCAGUCAGGGCCGCACCUGGGCCGGCAGCCCCAGCCGAGUCCUCCCUGGGGGCUGCGGGUGGGUGGUGGGGCGGUGUGGGACUCCCUGUCUGCACUGGGACCUCCACUGGUUGCUCGGCGUCGGGCUGCUGUCCGGCCCUGCUUGUGGGGCCCCGAGACCUCCCUGGGGAGGGGGACGGAGCUGACUCCCCGCAGCGCCUGGUGCAGCAGCGGGACAAGCGGGCCUAGGGGCUGCAGAGCAGCUGGGGUCCCAGCAGUGACUCCCCACAGACUCUGCCCCUUGUCCCGGGGCCUGCCGGCGGGGCUCCGGCCGCUCUGCUGCUGGGCUCAGGGAGCUGGGACUCUCCCCUGGGGCCCUCCCCCCGUCUGCCCACCCCCGGCGGCACAGAGGACUCCUCUGUGUUCCUUCCGAGGUGUGUUGAGGGGUCACAACACCGGGGCACCCUGAGAACUUGGAAAAUACGAUAUUCUUCUCGUGGUCAGGAUUUUAAAUUUUAAAAUACAGGGAAAAAUCUAUUUUGAUUGAACUUAAUGGAAGGAGAUUGUUGCCACCACAUCUAUUUGAGCAGUUUUCCUUGAGUUUCCAUCUUGCUGCUGAAUACACUGUGACCAAAUCACACCUGACACUUUCCGUGGAAAAGAGCCUCGGAGAGCUGGCCAGGCUUUGUCCAGUCCAGGCGCCCGACGUGCCCAGGGUCAGUGCUGCUGACAGACACCCGCUCCUCUCAGCCCUGCGCGCACCCACCACUGCCCACGGCGAGGUUGGGUUGCCGCCGUCUUGGCCCCGCUCCUCUUGUGUUUUGCGGACUCAGUGUCGUCCAUCCCCGAGUCUGUGACUCUCCCCACCAGCUGCGCUCUGGACUGCGGGAGGCUGGAUGGCCAGCGCCUGCUCUGCUGAGACUGCAGUGAUCGCCGGGCCCUCUGCGGCAUCUGCUGUGUCCCCACGAGCUCCCUCAUUGUGCAUCCGCCGCCUGUGGCCUCUGUCCUCUGGCAUCACCCGGCGGCCCGGUGAGCUGAGACCCUGGUGUCACAAGUGAGGGUCUGCGGCCCGCCCGCCUGAGUGCCCUCCCACCAGCCUCCUGCCCAGCUGCCAGCCGCCCCCGAGGAGGCGCUGUCCACAUGGCCUCCGUGAUUUCCAUGAGCCUUGAUUCCAGCCACAGUCACUGACGGACACACCUGGUCCAUUCUCACACAAUUGCUUGACAGUGAAGGGAAGUGCCUCAAAAGAUGGCUGGUGUAAUUCCGGUCGCCCCUGUGCGAUGCGUCGGCGCCGGGGACGCAGCUCCCUGAGCCUCGGUGAACAAGCAGUGAAGAGAACCUGCUCCGCCUGCUCGACUGUGAUUGUCACUGCGGCCCUUGGCGUGCGGUGCUGAAGUGUUGGCAAUAGUGUUAAAUUGUCAUUUGAUCAGAAAUGUGAGUGAGAAAUGGGCCGGGUGUGGGGAGGGGCGGGGCAGAGGGAAGGAGACCUGCUUCUCUGCGCCGCCCCUCGCCCCCCGGGGGUGCCUGGGCUCCUUUGCACUCGGAGAACUUCCAAAAGGCGCUUGACUGUGAGAAAACACGUGUGUCCACUGCGGAGGCUGGACAGGGAUGUCGGCCGCGUGGAUGAAGCGGAGCAGGACCGCAGGAGGUGACGCGAGUGCCGCUGACCGGCGUCGGGCUUGCACUUCCCGCCCUUCCUGACAGCGCGUGGGACUGUCGUUCUCCCUCCUGGUAAACAGGGAAAGGCAGGGACUGGACUGGGCCCCUUGGGCUGCGGCUGUGCUCCUGCUGGGCGGCCGGGGGUCUCCACGGCAGCUCACGCACCGUCGCCGUGACAGCCGCCCGUGCUGCCUGUGGCACACGUGCAGCUGCGUGUGCUGCAGUGCUGGAGUCGUGGCCACGGAAGAUGGUUCGUGUUCCCUCUAAUGGUCGUUGAGCUAACUUCUGGCGCGGGGAAGGGAUUUGUUCCGGAUGGCCUGGCAGGGCCUCCGGCCCCGCACACUGUGGUCAUGGCAGAGGAAUGUGGCGGUUGGCGGUGAUUUUGUUCUGCUCGGCUGCUUUGUAAGUGAUUUACAAGCUCAGCUUGAAGAAGUCGUGUCGAAAUCAGCUCGCUCUCCACGCACGUGUCCCAUCGGUCCAGAGUUGCGCAACGCCGGGAGGGCGUGCGUGGCGGACACGGCAGCUGGCUGUCAGCUCGAGGGCGGGCCCGGCACAGAGACAGCCGGGGAGCACAGCGGAGAGCCACAUAGCACCGUCCCCGGGAGAGCCGCGCGGGCUCUGCUGCGUCUCCUCAGCAGUUGCCGAGUGGAAUCUCAAACGCGGUGACUCACUCCAGCGAGCCUGGUCCAAAGCUCGCCUCUCUCACCGACUCCCCAAAGAGAAGCUGGAGCCGAAUUAGAAAGUGGAUCACACUUCUGACUUAACGAGCGCGGUUUGGCCAUGAGAAAAAGUCUCUGUCUCGGCACAAGCUGUAGAAUGUGCAGCCAUUGAAUGGGGGGUUUAAGAGGCAGACACGCAAUGUGUCGGAAUUGUCUUUUAACUUAAGGGAUGAUAUUUCUAGAUGCUCGAUAUAUAUUUUAAACAAACAAUAUAUACCAUUUUACUUAUUUUUUAAAGAUUUAUUUGUUUUUAGAGAGAGGAAGGGAGGGAGA